UUGCGAUCGAGACCGAUGGAGGGUGCGCUCCUCGGCCCUGGAUCUCUCCGGGAAGCCUAGAUUAACGAGGGGGUGCUACUCGGAGUGCGAACCUAUCUGGUCAUAUUGGGGACUCUGCGCGUAUCCCCCUGGCACGUGCUGAGAAAGUCAGGAUCCUAGCAAUGACGUUUCUGGGCGGAGGGGCAUCUGAUUCGGCUUUCCAAGUCACUGGGAUAAUUUGUGAACACAUGGACCCCUUUCAGUACUCGUUAGAGUGUCCGCCGUGCGGCGCAUGGAUCUUAAAGAUUGUCAUUGGUGAGUUACUAGAAGAAGGACAAAAUAACAAAAGUGACCUCAACUGUGAAAGAGGAGAAUUUGGAAAGCAGAACAAAACAGGAAGAUAGCCCCUUGGAAAAUAUAUAGUUGUCACAUGAAACCAAGUCAAACCCAGGGAACUUUUACAGUCUUCUCAUUUGCUUAAUAACUGGAAAGUAGAUAUUGCCCAGGAAGGAGACCAGUCAACCCUGGAGUAGUGGAUAAAGCUAUAAAAGACAGCAACAUGGAAGAGAAGGUGUUGGGUCAGUUGAAGUUUAUUGAGUCUGUACAGAAGCUGUUCCCUCUGGUGGAUGAGGACCUGCAGGAAGCCAUGAAGAGAGAGUGCUGGUGGAAAUCAUGGGAGAAGAAGCCAGUCACCUUUGAAGAUGUGAAAGUGAAUUUCUCCCAGGAAGAGUGGGGCUGUCUAGAUAUCAACCAAAGGACCCUUUACAAGGAUGUUAUGUCAGAGACCUUAAAAAACUUAUUGUCUGUGGCUGGUUUCUUUCUGUCUAACAUUGGCUUUGAUAACAAGCUUGAACAAGAAGGAAAACAGUGGAGUGAAGAUUUCUGUGCCCCAGGUGGAGGAGAAAAACUGUCAGGAGACAAAGAGGAGGAGCUGCAAGGACAGUGUCCAGAUGAUAAGGGGACUAGUGAUGACAAGGUCUCCCUUACUUGUAGAGAGGCAGACUCACCCUCUGAUCCAGCUGGGUCUGAGACAAGGACCUCUGUGUUCCCAUCGUCCAGGGCUGGGCCACCGUUUCUCUGCCACACCUGUGGCAAGAGUUUUAGCAGGCGCUCCAACCUCCACAGCCAUCAGUUCACUCACAGUUCCAGGCGGAUUAAUAGCUGCAGCCAGUGUGGGAAGUCAUUUCGGAACCCCAAGGCCCUCAGCUACCAUAGACGCAUGCAUCUUGGGGAGAGGCCAUUCUGUUGCUCGCUCUGUGACAAGACCUACUGUGAUGCUUCUGGACUGAGUCGUCACCGCCGUGUCCAUUUGGGUUACCGACCCCACUCAUGCCCCUUUUGUGGAAAGUGCUUCCGGGACCUGUCUGAGGUCAAACGCCAUCUGAGGAUACACCAAACCCAGGAGCCAGUGGCUGGGAACCAGAAGCAUGUUGUGAGGAACCCGAGCACCAAAGAUCAACUUCAGGAAGGCCAGAGGUCCAUCCAGAGGCUUGUAGCUGGGAACAGUGUACCAGUAGCCAGGUCACAAGAACUCAUAUUUAGAACCAAGGAUCCUGUGACUAAGACCCAGCUAUCUAAAAGUAGGAACAAGGCCCCUGUAGCCCAGAAACAGGUGAUCUCCACAAAAACUCAGAUACCAGUUAAAACAACCCUGAGACCUGUGACCAGGAGUCAAAUACCAAACACUACUACUCCCUGUCAGGACACCAGCUCCACUUCUACUCCAGAAAAGCUUUUACGAUUCAAGGUUUUCUCUUGCCCCAACUGUCCCUUGACUUUUAGCAAAAAAACCUAUCUCUCUAGCCACCAGAAGUCCCACCUCACAGAGCAAGAGCAACUCAACCACUGCUUCCACUGUGGCAAAUUCUUUAGUUCAUUCUCUGGGCUGGUCAAACAUCAGCAGACUCAUUGGGAGCAGAAGAUCUAUCGUUGUCCUAUCUGUGACAUCUGCUUUGGGGAGAGAGAAGGGCUUAUGGAUCACUGGGGGAGUUACAAAGGCAAGAGGCUGGGGCUGGGCAGUCACAAUAAAUGUUGGGUGAUCCUGGCUCAGAUGCUUGGCUUCCCUGUGGCAGAGAAGGAAAUGGAAUACCUCCUAGGAUCCAUAUCCCGGGAGCGAGGGGAGGGUGGGGAAGGAAAAGCAUACAAGAGGAAAAAAAAGGAAAUGAGACAGUGAGGGUCUU